AUGUCCUCGCACGCUUCACCCGUUUCUCUCCCGCUCGCUCCCUCCCAAUUCAACGCUCAGGGGUCGUCGCACGCUUUCUCCGACACACAUGCCCACCUCCACCAACUCCAGCGCAGCCUCUUGCAGGUGCAAACCAUCGCCCUGAAACUGGAGGAACUGCGCAACGGCCAAGUCGACGAAACGAGCCGCCUCAGUUCCCUCGAGGACAAGCUACAAGCGAUCGUUUGCGGCACGGUCGACCAGGCUCUCGACAAAAGCGCUGUGUCUGCCCGAGCGGAAAACUCGCCCGAAGCGGAUGUCGCGGAGCGGAUUUCGAAGCUCGCCACGCAGGUUUCGGUGCUCUCGACGGCCGUCUCGCGACUUCACGCCCGACACCUGCGGCGACGUACCCUCAAGCACCGGUACGAGCACAUCUGA